UUCAAUUUGGAAAUAAGUUACAAGAUAAAAAGAAUAGAUUUUAAUAUUUGCCGAUUUGAAUGACAUAUUAGAAAAUUAAAAAUGGGAAUAAAUAAUUAGAUGGUUUGGAGCUGGAGUCACUAGAAUUUCUGGUAGCUUCAGCUCCAUGUAAUAUGGUAAGCUUGGCUCCAGCUCCAUUAGUUCCGGCUCCGCAGCCCUUGUUUUAAUUACUGAAUGAAAAGAAGCAUUAUGUAUCCAUGGAUAUCAGAAAACUUGCUCGCUUCGAUGAAGAGCUACCAUAUAUUUCAUGUAGAUGCAGGAAAUAAUGUAAUAUAAUAAGACAAUUGGCUCAGUGCCAACUGAUUACUUUAAGAUGAAUGGACAUAUAAUGAUAACGAAUGUCAACACCCAAAAUGGAAAUAAAAAUUUUUUUUUUAUCUGAUCAAGCGAUCAGGUAUCAAUAUUAUCCAAGCGCAGCAAAUUACAGAAUUACACCAUUGUCUAGGACCCAGUAUAUACUGUUUAAUCUACAUUCUACACUUCAUGACUUGAUACAGUAAUAUUAGUUAUGCCUUGUUUACGGGAGUUAAAUAUAUAUGCCUAUUCUGUGUGUCAAGAAACAAUAUUUUUUAUUCACAUGGGAUGUAUUUUUUCGGAUUUCGAAAUGAAAUUCGUUGUGAUUUUCAUGUUAUUAUCCUUAGUUCCUUGGUUUCUGCAACCUGAUGUAGCAAACAGGUUUUGGUAUAAUAUGUGACACAAACUUGUACCUUGUUUUCAAAUAUCAAUUGCAUUGUGUAUAAAGGAGAUACAAGGCCUAAUUUUCAUUUACAUUAACAGUCUAAGCAGUAGUAUUAUAAUAUGAGCAGCGAUUCAGAUCUUGCUACUCAGGCGACCUGUAAUGAUGCUUCAACGUGUAAAAGAUACGCUGUUCAGAAAGGAUAUUGGAAUGAUCCAUAUAUAUCGCAUAUGGUAAAAAGUGUGGGAUCUCGUAAACCUCCAGAGAUAAACCGAGGAUAUUAUGCGAGAGUAGAAUCAGUGUGGAUACUGAUUAAAAAAUUUAUUCAUGCUACUGAAAGAAAGUGCCAAAUUGUUAGUUUAGGUGCCGGCUUGGACACUACGUUCUGGAGACUUUGUGGAGAAGAAUUAAGUCCUAUUCGAUAUAUUGAACUCGACUUUCCUAAUGUCACAAUGCGUAAAGUUCAAACUAUCAAAUCGAAAACUUUAUUAACACAAGCCUUUAACACAUCAGAAAACGAUACAAAGAUUGAAACAUCAAGCAUUAUUUCAAAUAAAUAUUCCUUACUUCCUGCGGAUUUGCGUGACAUAGAACUUGUUGAAAAACAGCUAAAACUAGCUCAAAUUGAUUUUACUAUACCUACUCUCUUUCUCACUGAGUGUGUUCUUGUGUACAUGUCAUCCAAAAAUUCGAAUGCUAUCUUGAAAUGGGUGACAACCAAUUUUGAAAACUGUAUGUUUGUCAAUUACGAACAGGUCAAUAUGAACGAUCGUUUUGGACAUGUUAUGAUUGAAAACUUGAAAUCACGUGACUGUGACAUCCCUGGUGUUGAUGUAUGUGAAAGCCUUGAAUCUCAGCGAAAACGAUUUCAAGAAAAUGGCUGGGAUCAAGUAAAUUGUAUUACUAUGUGGUCUGUGUAUUCUAUUUUACCACAAUCUGAUGUCCAGAGAAUGGAACGUCUUGAGUUCAUGGAUGAACAAGAACUUCUUGAACAGUUAUUGACUCAUUAUUGCUUAUGUUGGGCAACAAAGGCGGGUGAGAGUUUCAACUUGAAAGAAAUUGAACUCUGAUAUUGAGAGUAUUUGUAUUUUAUGGUCAUGUUUAAAAAAUAUUGUCAAAGAAAAUUAAUUGACUUUGAAAUCAUGGAUGUUUCAUUUACAUUCAAGCAUUAAUAUGUUUAUUUCACUUAAAGUGCACUAAUCAUACAUGACAACAAUUUGAUAAUUUAUGAAUAUAUACCUGAUUUAGGUAGAGUUGCCAACUUGACAAAUUUGAACAUAGUAUAGAUACAUAUGUUUGCUACAACUUACAAGUAAAUUUGAUUUCCCUUCACUUGUGUUCCAUCAUAUGCUAACAAAUAAACUGUGUUUUACUAUUCCUGUGAUAUACUGUCAAUUGAUAAUAUGUGUGAUAUCAUUUGAUAAUGUAAACCAUUCACUUAAGCGUAUUGUAUUGGAUUAUCAUUAAUGUAUUACUACCUGUAUAAUAUAUCUUCUUUUUCUUUGUAUCGAAG